AUGUGCGACUCUUGUGCCACCAUCGCUGAGCUCGAUGUAGAGAUCGAGGCCACGAAAGAGAAGCUUGCCCGUCUGUUCAGAAAGCGCUUCAACCUCAAGACCGAGCGAAACAUUAAACAUGACUCCUUUACUUGUCUACCUACGGAGGUAAUUUCUCGGAUAUUCGCCAUCUGCCUUCCAGAGGAGCCGUAUCCAUUAGUCCGUUGGGGAUACCCCAAUCCCUUGUUUGAAGAGUUACCAAUCGCGCUACUGCUCAGAUCAGUCUCAACCCAAUGGCGUCAAAUUUCGGAAUCUACACCCCAACUUUGGACUUACAUCAAGAUCAGGAUCGAUGACUCCAACUCUGUGGAGUCGGCGAAGCGAUUUCGACAGUGGCUCAGUCGUUCAGGGAACCUCCCGGUUUCAAUCAGGAUCUACAUGAAGGCGAGCAUAGACCUCGAUUCCGAGCCGCUACCCGACAGCUUGACGCGCCCACUGAUCAACGUUGUAAACAAGGUUUCUCAUCGGUGGGGCAUGCUCGAAGUGCAUAUGCCGGAAGUCCUCAUAACAAGGCUUUGUGGCAACGGGUCCUCGACUACCACCCUCCACAGCCUUGGCCUGACCCCGAGCGAAUGGACGCUGGGUGGCAGGGUCUCCACCAGAUUUAGCAUGAAGAACGUCCUGCCGACACCGAGCUCAAUCGGCUUACGCAGCCUCCAUUUGGACUCAAUGGACGUGGAUUGGACAAAUCUCCUCUAUAUCGAAGGCUUCGGGUUCCGUUUGGACGAGUGCCUACUCGUCGUUCAACGGUGUCCACGUUUGCUGCGCUGCAGUUUCGAAGGCGUGGACAGGAGGGCCACUAUUCGUCGGCAUGACCGGGUGCACAUCGUUCACAACUUUAUUCGAUGGUUAUGGUUGGAGGAUUGGGGCAACAUAGCUGAUUUCUUCGACAAUGUUUCCUUCCCUUCCCUCGUCUAUCUCGAAUUCAUGGCCAGCAAUCUAUCGUCUCGACCACUCGAGGUUGUCACUUCCUUCAUCAGACGCUCAGGAUGCUCCUUGGGGACACUCAGAAUAUCGGACGGUGAUCUUCAAGAAGCACCCAUCAUCCCCCUCCUCGAAGCCACACCACAGCUCCGUACUCUCGAUUUGUUCAACAUCAAGCUCUCGGACACCUUGUUCUGCCACCUCGGCGAGACUGUCUCUGGCGUAUACAACGGAGAGGACACCGCGUUCCUCCCGGACCUCAACUCCAUUUAUUUACAUGGCGCCCUGACGUUCAGCUGGCCGUCGGUUGCCGCCAUUUAUACCCCUUGCGAUACCGAUGACAGCAGCAGUGUCCAUCAACGCGAAUGCUCUUUGAAGAUCGUGUCAUCAGAAUAUAGGACACCAAUCCGUUUCAUCGACGAUGAGAAUUCGGCCGUAUUUCGGGAACUUAUCCAAGAAGAUGGUGUUGGUCUCAGUAUUGUUGACUCUUCCCAUCGCAAUAUAAUCAAAGACCUUGAGUGA